CCAGCAGCAGCAAGGACGGCAGUGGCUGCGGCGGAGGUGCGGCAGGGGCGGGGCCAAGGUGGCGGCACGCAGGAAGCCUCAGCAGCGGAAACAGGCCAGUGCCUAGGCGACAAGGCCUUUGCAGGGGACUGGUCUCGGCCUAGACAGGGCCCGAGUCUUGCCGCAGUCGAAUGGCGCAGUACCUGACUCAGAUCGGUCUUCUGGUUUAGGAUGGCGAGCCCCUCCCUUGGUGACACCCCUUGCGUCAAUUUCGUUCCCAGAGUGCCUCUAGUUCGCGCCUCAUUUGCUGGACAGCCCGGAUUGACCAGCGUUCCAGCCAACGAAUGGUUGGAGGAUUCAGUUCUGCUACAACCAAAAAGACCAGUGUUUACUUUUCAUUGAAAGAACCUGAAAAACAUUUUGGGAGGAAAAAUCUGGAAAGGUGAAAGAAAAAAGAAGUUGUGCUAUCCCAGACUCCAAAUUAGAAUGAAGACUACAUAGUAAACUAGAAGUAACCUUGACAACUGAUAGUCUUCUCUGACAACCACCUGGCACCAUGGGGAAGCGUGAUAACCGAGUAGCAUAUAUGAAUCCUAUAGCAAUGGCCAGAUGGAGGGGUGCAAGUCAAUCUGCAGGCCCAACUAUACAAGAUUAUCUUAAUCGACCAAGGCCCACCUGGGAAGAAGUAAAAAAACAAUUAGAGAAUAAAAAGAAAGGAUCUAAGGCAUUGGCUGAAUUUGAAGAAAAAAUGAAUCAAAAUUGGAAGAAAGAGCUUGAGAAAAGCAGAGAGAAAAUAUUAGGUGGAAAUGUCAGUUCAUCCAAAAGGAAAGAGAGAAAGAAAAAGAAAAAGAAGAAAUCUUGUCGGUACACCUCAUCAUCAUCAAGCUCUGAUUCAUCAAGCAGUGCUUCAGAUUCUGAAGAUGAGCAUAAGAAACAAGGGAAAAGGAGAAAGAAAAAAAAGAACCGUUCCCACAAGUCAUCAGAAAGCUCCACCGGUGAAUCAGAAUUGCUAAGCAAGGAGCUUCUCCCAAAGAAGAAAAAGGCAAAGGAUGAAACAGAAAAAGAAAAAUAUGCAAAAAGCUACAGCAAGAAAAGAAAGAAGGCUUGUCCUGAGGAAAAGCCAUCCUCUUCAGAUUCCUCAUUUGAAUCAGAUUAUGAAGAAGAGGUGCAGGCAAAAAAGAAAAGAAAAUAUGAUGAGCAAGAAAGACAAAUGGAAAAGGUAAAAAAGAAAAAAAAGAAGAAACAUCACAAGAAACACAGUAAGAAGAAAAAGAAGAAAUCUAGUUCAAGUCACAAGUCAAUGUAAUAGAAAAACCAAAUAGGCUUUCCAUAUUUAAAAUGAAGCAAAA